AUGGUAGACUACGACUACGCCGAGGACCAGCAGCUCACAAACGAGGACUACUGGACAGUCAUCGCCUCUUACUUUGACGAGAAAGGACUCGUUGCCCAACAACUCAACUCUUUCGAUGAAUUCGUGCAAAAUACAAUGCAAGAACUCGUCGAUGAAGACCAGCUCCUGACACUCGACUCUCAUCAACAACACAGCGGUAAGGAGAAUGAUGUUACGAAACGGUAUGAAAUCAAGUUUGGACAAAUCUAUCUCAGUAAACCGACCAUGACGGAAGCCGAUGGAUCCACGCAACCCAUGUUUCCGCAAGAGGCACGUUUGCGAAGUCUGACCUACUCUAGUCCCUUGUAUGUCGACAUGAGCAAAAAGGUAAUGCGACAAGAGAGUUAUGGCGAGGAUUUCGAGGUGGAGGAGGAAGACCCAGAACCCAAAAAGGUCUUUAUUGGUCGUGUGCCCAUCAUGCUGCGGUCGGAAUUCUGCGUUUUGCAUGGACUCAGUGAAUCUGAGCAGUAUGAUCUCAAUGAAUGUCCCUUUGAUCAAGGCGGCUACUUUGUCAUUAAUGGUUCAGAAAAGGUCAUCAUUGCUCAAGAACGCAGUGCCGCCAAUACCGUCCAGGUCUUUCGCAAAGCAGCACCCUCACCCAUUUCUUAUGUUGCAGAAAUCCGCAGCGCCGUUGAAAAGGGUAGCAAGAUGAUUUCAUCCAUGCAAAUCAAACUCUCUGCUCCCAAAGUCGGUACCUCGGGACAAACCAUCAAGGCAACCUUGCCAUACAUCAAAACAGACAUCCCAAUCGUUAUUGUCUUUCGAGCGCUGGGUGUGGUGCCGGAUCGCGAUAUUCUCGAACACAUCUGUUAUGACCCGCGCGACAGACAAAUGCUCGAAAUGCUUAAACCGUGUAUUGAAGAUGCCUUUGUGAUACAGGAUCGUGAAGUCGCACUGGACUUUAUCGGUAAGCGUGGUUCAGCAACUGGUGUCGUCAAGGAGAAGCGAUUGCGGUAUGCUCAAGACAUUUUGCAAAAGGAAAUGUUGCCACACAUCACCACCUCGGAGGGUUUCGAAACGCGAAAAGCCUUCUUCUUGGGAUACAUGGUGAAUCGACUACUCCUGUGUGCACUGGAACGACGCGAUCCAGAUGAUCGUGAUCAUUUCGGUAAGAAGCGUAUUGACCUUGCUGGACCCUUAUUGGCAGGCCUCUUCCGCAUGCUCUUCAAGCGUCUUACCAAGGACGUCUACACUUAUAUGCAAAAAUGCGUUGAAACCUCCAAGGAAUUCAACUUGGCGCUUGCCGUCAAAUCCACCACCAUCACUGCCGGUCUCAAGUAUUCCCUUGCAACAGGUACGUGGGGUGAUCAAAAGAAACAGAUGCAAGCGCGUGUUGGUGUAUCACAAGUCCUCAAUCGGUAUACAUUUGCUUCGACCCUUUCUCAUUUACGACGUACCAAUACACCUAUUGGUCGAGAUGGCAAGAUUGCCAAGCCGCGACAACUCCAUAAUACCCAUUGGGGACUUGUCUGUCCUGCAGAAACACCAGAAGGUCAAGCGUGUGGUCUUGUGAAGAAUCUCGCACUCAUGUCCUAUGUCUCCGUGGGUAGUGCUAGUGCACCCAUCAUUGAAUUUCUGGAGGAAUGGGGAAUGGAAUCUUUGGAAGAUUACAACCCAAGUGCAACACCCAACACAACAAAAGUCUUUGUCAAUGGUGUCUGGCUUGGUGUCCAUCGCGACCCAGCGCAUCUCGUCACAACCUUGCGGAGUUUACGAAGGAAAAUGGAUAUUUCACCAGAAGUAUCGGUUGUGCGGGAUAUUCGAGAGCGUGAACUACGUCUCUUCACCGAUGCUGGUCGUGUGUGUCGGCCACUCUUUAUUGUGCAUGAUGAUGAAUCUGCUGCUGCAUCGGACAUUCCCGCAGAAUCAGGUGAGCUUGUCUUGACAAAAGAUCACGUCAAUCGCAUCUCUGCCAGUAGCGAUCCUGAGACUGCUCAGGAAGACAAGUUUGGCUGGACGCAAGUGUUGAGUAAUGGUAUUGCCGAGUACUUGGAUGCAGAGGAAGAGGAGACUGUCAUGAUUGCCAUGACGCCUGAAGAUCUCGAAGCAACAAAACACAUGAUGACUGGCUUUGAGCCUGCUGCUGAAGAACUGAGUGAUGCGCAACAAGCUGCAAAGCGUCUGCGACCGGCAGUCAACAAGGCACAGCAUCUCUGGACACACUGUGAGAUUCAUCCAAGUAUGAUUCUGGGUAUUUGCGCAUCCAUCAUUCCCUUCCCAGAUCACAAUCAGUCUCCGCGAAAUACUUAUCAAUCUGCUAUGGGUAAGCAAGCAAUGGGCGUGUUUUUAACAAACUAUCAAGUCCGUAUGGAUACCAUGGCGAAUAUCCUCUAUUACCCACAAAAGCCGCUGGCCACAACGCGAUCGAUGGAGUAUCUCAAAUUCCGAGAGCUGCCUGCUGGACAGAACGCCAUUGUCGCUAUUCUGUGCUACUCUGGUUAUAAUCAGGAAGAUUCCAUGAUUAUGAAUCAAUCAUCCAUUGAUCGUGGAUUGUUUAGGAGUAUGUUUUACCGAGUCUACCAAGAUCAAGAGCAGAAACUCAGUAUGAAUGAGUUUGAACGCUUCGAAAAGCCUACACGACAAGCAGUCUUGCGCAUGAAGCGCGGCACAUACGAUAAACUUGAGGAAGAUGGUUUGUGUGCGCCAGGUACGCGUAUCUCUGGAGAAGACAUUAUUAUUGGGAAAGUUGCACCGCUCGACAAAUCUGCCGCUGAUGCUGAGAUGGGUGCACGUACAGCAAGCCACACCAUGCGCGACGUCUCGACCCCGUUGCGGUCUACUGAGAAUGGUAUUGUUGAUCAAGUCAUGGUGUCUACCAAUUCAGACAAUCUCAAAUUCGUCAAGGUGCGUAUUCGAGCAACCAAAAUUCCACAAAUCGGCGACAAGUUUGCUUCUCGGCACGGUCAAAAGGGUACCAUUGGUGUGACGUACCGAAAUGAGGAUAUGCCCUUCACCUCAGAAGGUACCGUGCCAGACCUCAUCAUCAACCCACACGCCAUCCCCUCUCGAAUGACGGUUGCCCAUUUGGUGGAAUGCCAGCUCUCAAAAGUCGGCUCGCUUGCCGGUUUUGAAGGUGAUGCAACGCCUUUCACGGAUGUCACGGUCGAAGCUGUGUCUGCCAAUCUACGUGAUGCCGGCUACCAGUCGCGUGGCUUUGAAGUCAUGUACAAUGGACAUACAGGCAAGAAGCUCGUUGCGCAAGUGUUUCUGGGGCCAACGUACUACCAGCGUCUUAAGCAUUUGGUGGACGACAAGAUUCAUGCGCGUGCUCGAGGCCCCGUCCAGAUCCUCACACGACAGCCUGUGGAAGGUCGUUCGCGCGAUGGUGGACUGCGAUUUGGUGAGAUGGAGCGUGAUUGCAUGAUUUCUCAUGGUGUUGCUGGAUUCCUCAAGGAACGUUUGUUUGAUGCAUCGGAUGCCUACCGUCUCCACGUCUGUGACUUGUGCGGCUUGCAAGCGAUUGCUCAAAUCAAGAAGAACCAAUUCGAGUGCCGCAGUUGUCGCAACACAACGAAGAUCUCGCAAGUGCAUAUUCCCUAUGCAGCCAAGCUUCUCUUCCAGGAGCUCAUGGCGAUGGGCAUUUCGCCACGCAUGUUUUAG